AUGGAUAUUGAGUGUAAAUUGUUAUCAUGCUCGCCAGAAUCACUAGCCACACAGGACAAUAAUAUGUGGUGGUGGGAGGGUGCGCCUCUAUUCACAUCAGGAUACACAAUAAACAUAUUAUAUAAUGGGCAGAAGGUAAAGUAUAACAGAGAUCUUGCAGUAUUUACUCUGCAUUUUGAGUCUAUACAGGAUGUUAAAAUGGGAGUGCUAGAGAUAUUCAUUAUAGAAGAGGGUUUUCUAAGAAAUCAUCUGGUUGGGUACACUUUUAAAAAGGUUGAAGACUUGCUUGAAAAAAAGAAAAACUCAGUCCACUAUCUGAAGCUAUUUCCUACAAAUGACCCAAUAAAUAGCUGGCUCUACAGUAGACAGCCUCGAAAGUUUGACUUUGUCCCGAAGGAGAUGGAGUUUUAUUUGGCUCUGUCUGUUGUAAAAAUAAAAUACAUCAAAGCCUCGGAGCAGAAAAAGUCUCCCUUCCUAUGGCCUGGGUUUCUGAAAGAUGAAGCUCUUGCAGGGCGGAUAUUUGAUCUACAGGAGGCAUUUCGGUUUCUGUUUCGGGACAUGCAAAAUAUUUCAGAAUUUGUGUACGGUGUGCGAGAGCUCUUUGUCUACUACAACGAAACAGACAAAGCCGAGUUCAAAGACGUGCCAAAGUACACCGGGAUGAAGGAAAGCACAGGAAUACUUGAUGUAAUCAAAGGACUUUUUAAAAGAAAAGACCCAAUGCCCCACCGACUUAAUUAUUCCAAAAGCCUAAAGGAGGUUCUUUCUCCACCAAAAAACCCAUUUAAGUGGUACAUUGAAGAAAAAGAGUUUUAUAGCUUCCACUUAGAAAUGUAUAGAUACGCAAUUGCGCCGUAUGGGCAUGCAUUUCUUAACUUCCACUCUCUCAUCAAUGUCAUUAAAAUAAGAAUAGAAAACUGUAUAUGCGUAUACUGCAAGAACUCAAAAACAGAUCCAGAAGAGAAGUUUUUCCACCUAUUCUCUGGAAUACCGUACACUGACAUUGUGCAUGCAGACAGCAAGUACCUUGAACAUGUGAUAUUCAUAGAUCGAAAAGAGGGCAUUCUUUAUAUCACUUUUAAGGGCACCCUACAUAGUAGAGAAGCUCUUAUUGACAUAGACUAUAAAUACCACCGAUACAAGAACAAUCUGUUCCACAGAGGGAUAUUUAAGGAGUCUGAGCGAUUUAUAAAUGAGAAAGAGAAUGCAAUUAAGGAGCUGAUGGUGAAGAAUCAGAUAACCCGAAUAUGCUUGGUUGGGCAGUCUCUGGGAGGCUCCCUAGCCAUGCUUGUGUGGAUGUUCAUGCGGGAGAGACCCCUUUUGUCGCAGUACACGGUUUCCUGCAUUGCGUAUUCUCCCCCUCCCAUUAUAAACAAUCCAAAGUGGUUUAACACCCUAUCCGGAAACAACCCAGAAAACAAAAUCACAGUUAUAAUUUACGGGAAUGAUAUUGUGCCCACUCUUUGCUUUGGAACUGUUUUUGAGCUGCGGCUGCUUGCCACGCACUUCUAUGCAAUAAGCGUGUCAAAGUAUAAAAACAAGAACAAGUACAUUCAUGCGCUGCUUAGAAAGCUAAAAAACAAAGGGAUGGAAAAGUUAUACAUACCUGGAGAUAUAUAUAAAAUACGGCACACUAAAGACACACCUAGCACCUUUUUGGUUCGAAAAACACACUGGUCUGAGUACAGUGCCAUAAAGCUUUGGGCAAAGGCAUUCAUCCAUCACACACCAGGAGCAAUGAUCAAUGCCCUGCAAAAGUCGCUUGCAUAUUUUUAUCCAGAAGUAAAAUAA